AUGAUCAAUGAAAUCAACAUAGUCUCACUCAAUCAACUACUUAAUAAUAUCCAUUUAUCUUAAUCUCAUGUUGAUGAAGCAGCCCGUUUCUAUAUUAGACAUAGUCAUGAUUAAAACUCUCAAUAAUCUCUUUGUGAAGAAUGGUGCAACCAUUUUCAUUUUGCUAAAGGGAAUGUUGAUGGUGAUAAAGUAAUUAUAUCAUUACUUUAUAUGGCAUAAAGAGUUGUUGAAUCUAUAAUAAAAUUUCAAGGAUCAUGUAAUUAUUUAUUAGAUUUAUCAGACACUUCAAUGAGUGAUACAUUAAAAAGAUAAAUUAUCAAAGUCUUAGGUUAACUCUAAGAUUAUAAUUGGACUAAAGAUUUAAAAUAAUAAAUCAAGGACUUAAUAAAAUAAUGGGAUGAAAAAUAAUUAUUCACAAAACCAGAAGUCUAAAGCAUGCUUGAAACUAUUGAACCCUCUAAAACACAUAAAGAGUAAUUAAAAAAUCAAUUUGCCCCUUCUUUUUUCCUUGUCAAUUUUGCUAAAAAUUAUAAAGUAUAUAAUAUUUCGAACUAUUUUUAAGGAAUUAUAAAUUCGUAUAUAAUAAACUAAUGAAUAUCAAAUGAGACUUGAUGAACUUAUUAAUUGUGGUGCUUAAGAUAAAUUGAAUUUGUAUGAUUCCUUAUUAGAAUAAUAUUCUAAAUCUAUAGAAAAUGUGCUUAAAUAUAGAAAAUUAGUAAUUAAAGAUAUUAUAGAUAAAUUAAAAGAAUUAGAUAAAAUCCAUUCCAAAAGUUUAAUUGAUAUGAAAUAUCUUGUAUUAAGAGUUUAGGAAUUGAAACGUAGAAAGGAUAAGAGAAUACAAAAUGAAUACUAUCAUGAAUGA